GAAAGCGUGAACACACAGCUAAUUGCACUGCUUAGCCUUACACAGUUAACUCAAUUUUAGACGAUUCAGAACACAUUUUAAUUGAAGUUUUUUGUUCCGUCAUGUCUUUCCAUCAGGAUCGUGGGGGUCCCAGGGGAGCGAUGCCGCCUGGCCAGCACGGCUCCCCUCAAAACUACCGCCCCACCAACCUGAGGCCGCCCCCUCCCCAGCCUCCGGUUCCACCCUACCACUACGACCCCCAGAAUCCUCCCAGUUCAGGCUACCAUGGAAACAGCGGCUACAUGCCUCCACACUCCGACUUCAUGCAGUAUCCUCCUCCGGCACCGUCCCAGACCCCCAAUUCUCUCAACCAAUGCCCAGUCCGGCCCCCUUUCCCCAAACCUCCCACCCGGCAAGGCUUUCCUGAACCCCCUCCGAAUUUUCCACCUCCCCCCUUGCCGAGCUCCACCGGUGGUCCCGCUCCAGGAGGCCAAGUGUCGGCUCAGAAUGCCUACCAUCCUUACAUGAUGCCUCCUGUGCCCCCACCACCGAUACCUCACCCGCCGAUGCCUCCCCCUAUGGCCUCCCAGUCUAUGAGCUACCACCCUCCCUACUCCAUGAACUACCCCCAUCCUCCUCACCCUCCAUUCCCACCUCCCACCUUCAACCCCGGCUACGCCCAGAGCCCCAGCCCGUUUCAGCCUGACCACAGCAUCAGGCACGGGGGCCAGUACAAGUACGAGAAGCCCAUGGACCACCGGAGGUCUCCAGAGAGAGGAUAUCGCCAUGACGACCACCGGCAGAAGUGCUACGGCUACGGUAGCCAUGGUGAUCGGCACAAGAUGGAGUUUCCCGCAGAGAGGAAGGACCGUGGGAGGAGUCCGGACAGACGAGGCAGACUGGACGGAGGACGGUACCGGUCCGAGUACGACAGAGGCCGGACCCCUCCCAGACACAGGAGCAGGGAUCGCAGCAGAGAGAGGUAUCGUCACAGAGAAAGUCGGAGAUCUCAGUCGCCUGACAGGCACAGGAAGAGGAAUCGAAGUCGGUCAACGAGCAGAGACAGGAAGCGUGGUCGCUGGGAGGAGGAGAAGGACCGGAGGUCGGAGGGCUCCUCUGGGCCGAGCAGAGAGCGAAGCUACUCUUCAAUCCGGAGCCGAGAUUCUGACGAAACCUUAGGAGAAAGAGACCGAGAGCGAGAGAGGGAACGAGAGCGCGACAGGGAGAAGGAAAAGGAAAAAGGCGAUGAUGAGAAAGAGGAGGAAGAGCUGCUGAAACCUGCCUGGAUCCGCUGCACCCACGCUGAGAACUACUACUCCAACGACCCCAUGGACCAAGUGGGAGACUCGACAGUCGUGGGCACCAGUAAACUGCGAGACCUGUAUGAGCGCUUUGAAGAGGAGCUGGGAAGGAGGCAGGAGCGAGCCAAGGACGCUCGACCCAAAUGGGAGCCACCAAAGACCAAACUGGACGAGGAUCCAGGCGACAGCAGCAGUGAGUCAGACUGUGAGUCAGACGGUGAAGGAAGCACCUGCUCCAGCAGCUCUGACUCAGAGGUUUUUGAUGUUAUUGCUGAGAUCAAGAGAAAAAAAGCUCAUCCCGACCGGCUGCACGAGGAGCUGUGGUACAACGAUCCCGGACAGAUGAAUGAUGGUCCCCUGUGUAAGUGCAGUGCCAAGGCCAGACGUACAGGGAUCCGCCACAGCAUCUACCCAGGGGAGGAGUCUGUGAAACAAUGCCGUCCAAUGAACAACAACGCAGGAAAGCUGUUCCACUACAGGAUCACCGUGUCUCCUCCCACCAACUUCCUGACCGACAGGCCGACGGUGAUCGAGUACGAUGACCACGAGUACCUGUUCGAAGGCUUCUCCCUCUUCUCCCACACUCCCCUCACUAAUAUUCCAUUGUGCCGUGUGAUCCGCUUCAACAUAGAUUACACCAUUCACUUCAUAGAGGAGAUGACACCGGAGAACUACUGCGUCCGAGGCCUCGAGCUGUUUGCCUCCUACUUGUUCCAGGAUAUUCUUGAGCUGUAUGACUGGAACCUGACAG